AUGAAGCUCGACCCUCUAAAGCCGAAGGAGCAAGCCUUGUCCAACCACAUCAUCAAAAGUUUCAACCGAACCCAUUUCCAGAACCUGCUAAUGGAGUGGAUUGUGGGCAAUAAUCUCGCCUUUGCGACCGUGGAACACAAAGAGCUUCAGGCCAUAUUUGAAUACCUGAACCCGUCAGUGCGCAUCUGUGGCGCAAACCUCACGGCCGAUUCGAUUCGAUCGAGGGUCCUCUCGGCAUAUAAAGAGCAUAAGGAUAAGGUUAUUGAAGUCCUCCAGCGAAGCCUUGGGUUGGUGCAUCUCUCCUUCGACGGAUGGCGGUCGGGAAAUCGCCUGGCUCUCUAUGGAAUCGCGUGCUUCUACCGAGACGAGAACAACAAACCCUGCAAGAUUGCAAUCGGCGUCCCGGGGUUGUCGUCCAGGCACUCUGGCGCGAACAUUGCGACCCAGAUUCUCGACGUAAUUGACCAGUAUGCCAUUCGAGACAAAGUGGGUUACUUCACUCUUGACAAUGCGGAGAACAAUGACACAGCUAUGGAUGAGAUUGGGAAAGAUCUCGGCUUUGACGGGAGGAUGAGGCGGGGUCGUUGCUACGGACACAUCCUCAACCUUUCUGCUAAGGCACUGCUAUUCGGGAAGAACCUGGGUGCGUUCGAAACCGAGCUUACGGGUGAUGCAUUGCUGGCCGAGGCCGAAUACGAGCUUUGGCAGAAGAGAGGCCCUCUGGGCAAGAUUCAUAACAUCGUGGCGGAGAUCCAUCGCUCGGAUCGGCUGACAUACAUGCUUUAG